AUGGCUACCCCCAGUGUCCUCGCUUUUGACGCUGAGGGUCGAGCCAUUGACUUUGAGGUCUGGGUCGACGACCUGCAGCUGUAUUUACAGUGCGAUAGGGCAGACGGUCUUUCUCUCUUUGACCUCACCUCUGGCGCCUCUCCUGCUCCUGCUGCUGAUGCUGACCCCACUGUUCGCUCUCAGUGGGCCACCCGCAAUGCUGCUGCACGUCUUGCUGUGCGUCGCCACCUCCCUACCACUGAGCGCGCGCACUUUAGUCAGUACAAGAGUGCUCAGACCUUGUACGACGCUGUAGUUGCGCGCUACUCUUCCCCUGCCACUGCUGCACUGAGCCGUCUCAUGCUACCGUACCUCUUUCCUGAUCUCACUGCCUUUCCCACUGUCGCUGACCUCAUUACGCACCUCCGCACUAGUGACACUCGCUACCGCGCCGCCCUUCCUGCUGAGUUCUGCGCCAAGAACCCCCCCCCCAUGUACAUCGCUCUCUAUUACAUAGUCACUCGCCUCCCUAACUCCCUUCGCGUAUACAGGGACCACUUCCUCUCAGUCUUUCCCACCACUCUCACUGUUGAUCUCCUUGAGAAGGCCCUCCUAGCGGCAGAGAAGAGCAUAGUCGCUGUAGGAGCCUCCCGUGGAGACCCGCGCACCCCCAUCUUUGAGGGUCGGUCGGCGCGGCAUCUGCCCCUAGCGGGAGACGCCGCCCUGGCAAGGGCAAGGGGGGCAAGGGCGCGGGUGGAGCUGGCGGUGGCGUUGGAGGUGGCGGUGGAGGCGGCGGAGGGAGUGGGGGUGGCGGUGGGAGUGGUGGCGGGAGUGGUGGCGGUGGCGGCGGCAGCGGCGGCGGAGGUGGUGGCGGCGGAGGCGGUGGGAGCGGAGGCGGUGGUGGUGGCGGAGGUGGAGGCGGUGGUGGCGGAGGAGGUGGAGCUGGUCGGGAGUCAGCGUGGUGGAGGCUUUAGCCCGUGCACCUACGUUUGUCGCAGCGGCGACCGCGCGGGUGAGCAAUGUGGGGGUGCCCACUCCACCCGGCGCUGCUUUGGCCGCCUGACGGACGCGUGGCGUCAGCAGUUCCUUGACGCUUCUAAGAUCCCCCGCUGGGGAGAGCUGUCUAGAGCUGGUGUAGCGAUCUUUGAGCUAGACUUUGAUGCUAUCCUUGCUGCCAUGUAUGCUGUGUCUAUUAGUGAUGAGGGUGACUGUUACCGGUGUUUCCUGCCCGACCCGGGCAUUGGUACGGCUGCGCUAGGUGCUUGUGACACUGCUGCGCUCUCAGGUGCUGGUGAGGCUUCGCUCUCAGGUACUGGUGAGGCUGCGCUCUCAGGUACUGGUGAGGCUGCGCUCUCAGGACCGCACCACACUCACGCCGCUUGGCCGGCCGGUUGCGGUCUCCCUGGCUGA